CUUGUUGCUUGUCGCUAUGCCUGAGCCAGCGAAGUCCGCUCCGGCUCCUAAGAAGGGCUCCAAGAAGGCCGUCACCAAAGCCCAGAAAAAGGAUGGCAAGAAGCGUAAACGCAGCCGCAAGGAGAGCUACUCCAUCUACGUGUAUAAGGUGUUGAAGCAGGUCCACCCGGACACCGGCAUCUCGUCCAAGGCCAUGGGCAUCAUGAACUCGUUCGUCAACGACAUCUUCGAGCGCAUCGCCGGCGAAGCGUCCCGCCUGGCGCAUUACAACAAGCGCUCCACCAUCACGUCCCGCGAGAUCCAGACGGCCGUACGCCUGCUGCUGCCGGGAGAGCUGGCCAAGCACGCCGUGUCCGAGGGCACCAAGGCGGUCACCAAGUACACCAGCUCCAAGUGAGUCCCUGGCGGGACGCGGCGCUAGCUCGCGCGAGUGGCCGACCUCUUGACUCCAAAGGCUCUUUUCAGAGCCACCUAUCUCCUCCCUGAAAGGAGCUGUCAUGUGGUGUUCUUUCCCAAGUUUUCUUUUGGCAUCUCUUCUAGGUAAGAAAGUCAACAACUUGCCGGGUGCGGUGGCUCACGCUGGUUGAGGUCAGGAGUUCAAUAAAAUCAACAACUGGACUAA